ACAGUUCAGGAUCAGUAAGUUUUAUUUCUCUGAGACAGCGACAUCUCGUGUGCGUUAUCUUUUCAGGUCGACGUCCCAAGAACAUCUUUGGGAACUUUCUUCAAAAUGUGUACAAACUUCACUUUGACUUAAAGAAGGUCCUGAAGGCAGCAGCAGAUGCAGGAGGAGGGCGUUCCUCUGAAGAAAAUCGGAUCUCACAGCUGGACCGGUUCUUUUCUCACACUUCUCUGGUCCGGAUCACCCCCCCACCUGGACCGGGCCUGUGCUGGGUGUUCGAGCCGCCUGCUGCUCACCAGGGCCGGGGACAGGAGGCCGGGGAUAGGAGGCCGGGGCUCGGGCUGAGGACAUGGAGGCUGUGACCGAGCUGUAGGACGGAGCCUCGCUGUUCCUCCUCCCGAAUGGACCCUGCCCACGUCGGAGGGGAUAUGUCACCUCUGUAUGUGCCAAGAAAAAGAAAGUCAGCCCAGUCACACCUUAAAAGUGGAUCUCUAUGUCCAGUUGUUCAGCGAAUGCCGGAGAGAGACUGUGAAUCGAAUGCAGGUGGAUACACUAAGGAUGACGAGUCUCAAGCCCACGGUUCUCUGAAGAUGAAACGGACGUACGGUAGAAAAAGGUACGAGGACCUCCAGAGUGUUUCCAUGGGAACAGUAGAUUACCCAACCCCCAGCUGCUCAGUGAUGUCAUCAGGUGACCUGGCCAAUGGGGUGGACCCAGGCUCCAUGGCUCCACCCACAGCGAGGCUCCCUCCGAGGCUGGUGGCGAAGGAGGCGUGGCCUCAAGGCCCUGAAGCCUGUAGGGAGCAGUCCCAGCCUCAGGACCAGAGCUGUAACUCCAGGGAAAGAGGCCCCAACACCUGGGCCCCGGUUCGAGACCGACCCCAGGAGCAGGUGUGGAACUCUGGCAGAGAGCGAGCGGGACACUCGUGUCCAGACCAGACAUGGAUGUCAGGCAGGGACAGAGCUCAUGGGGGACAGGAGCAGGCCUGGAUGACGGGUCAGGACCGGGGUCCUGAGCAGGGCUGGGCAGCCGGCAGAGACCGAGGCCAGGAUCAGGCCUGGAACGCCGGCAGGGAUCCAGGAAGAGAGCAGGUCUCCUCUGGGCCGGAGCCGGCGUGGGGAUCGGGACGAAACCAAGAACUAGUCUGGAGCAACACGAGCAGAGACAGAGGACACGUCUGGAGACCAGAGCUGAACAUGAAGAAGGUCCAGAGAGCAGAGAUGGAGCAGCCACCAGAGAGCAGAGACUCCUGUUCAGACGCAGCCAGUGGUGAAGCCUCCACAUCUCAGUCCAGUGAGGAUCACAAACCUCCAGUUGUCUCCAGUAAGAAGGAGCCUCCUACCUACGCUCCAGGAAGUCCAGAGGAGCGCUGGCAGCUCCAGAUUGUGGCCAAAGGCAGAGUCACCUGUCCCAAAUGUAAGAGUGUGAGCAGGAAGACGGUGGAGGGGCUGAAGAAGCACAUGGAGAACUGCCGACUGCAACCGUUCACCUGUCAACACUGUGGGAAACAGCUGAAGUCUUCCACGGGGAUGAAGUACCACGUCAUGGCCGACCACAGCCACCUGCCUUCAGCAGAAGAAGCCAAGGACCUGGACGACCGCACCAUAAAAGACAAACUGCGCAAAAUCCUGAAGCGACUGGGCAAACUAAAAUGCUCCAAAGAGGGCUGUACUGCUGCGUUCACCAGCAUCAUGGGCUACGUCUACCACAUGAAGAAGUGUGGGAAGGAGGAGUCCGAGCUGGAGAAGCUGUUGCUGAACUGUUCUCACUGUGGGAAGACAUACAAAUCCAAGGCUGGUCUGGAAUACCACCUUAAAUCAGAGCACGCUCCUACGCCCCAAAAGCCUGAGGAAGACGAGGCUCUGAAGGCCCAGCGGGAGGCCAACCCGGAGAGGACGCCGAGCGGCCGGGUGCAGCGGGCCUCCGCACAGGUGGCCAACUUCCACUUGGCUGAAAUCGCCAGCAACGACCUCCCCAAAGACUGGCCCAAGAGGAAGUUUCAGUGCGACCUGGUGCCCGACGACAAGAAGUUAAAAUACGCUCGACCAGGCCUCCCUGCCUUCAGCCAGGAGGUGCUGAGGAAGUGGAAGAACGAGGUGAAGCUGCAGAGGAAAGUCCACUGUCCCAACCAGGGCUGUGGCUGCACCUACACCAGUGUGUCUGGGCUGAAGGCUCAUCUGGGCCUGUGCAUCAGGGGCGAUUUUGAAGCUGGAAAAUACAGAUGUCUCAUCUGCAACAAAGAGUUUAACUCUGAGAGUGGAGUGAAAUAUCACAUCAACUCUAUCCAUUCACAGGACUGGUUUGUGACCAACAAGAAGGCCUCCAAAACGUUUGAGAAGUUCCUGAAAAACCAGCACAAGGAGUUAAUCCAUAAUGUGGACAAGCAGAUUGUGCAUCAGUAUCACCAACACCACCUCCAGCAUCACCCUCACGUCCACUGCCCCCAUCACCAUCACCAUCAGCAGCAGCAGCAGCAGCAGCUGCAGCAUCUCCAGCUCCAGCCCAUGCAGCACCCUCUGCAGCCGCUGCAUCACCUCCAGCACCAAACCCAGCUCCUCCAUCCAGAGCACCAGAACCUCCCCCCGCAGGCGGACGCCCAGCUCCAGCAGCCCAUCCUGCAGUACACCCCUCUGGAGCCUCCUGCGGGACCGCUGUGGGUGGACAUGGACCGGAGAGGAGUCGUGCACGGGUCGGAGCAGGCCCCGCUCCACAUGGAGGUGGCCGCCGAGGACAAACCCGCAGAGGACGGCAGAGAGAUGGUGGAGGAUAGAGAGAAGGGAGAGGGAGGAGCGGAGAGGGGGAAGGCAGACGGGAAGAGGAAGGAUUGCUUUGGGUUCGGUGCAGGUGGAGGCGUCAGCAGCUCGUCCAGCGAAUUGGAGGUGGAGUGGAAUCUGAAAGGGCCGGGCGUCAUGGAGCCGCACCCUGAGGCCGGGAAGCAACAGCGUGGAACUUAAAGACGUCCCUGAAAACUUCCCCUCGUGGUCGUCAAGCGCUAUCGUGCACCGGAGCAACAACAGAGGUAGGAAGAGACACCAUCUGGAGUCUGUCCACAUUUUAUUAGACCUAGAAAGUUUUCCUCAAGACAGGGCAGCUAACGACAGAGCUGCACUUCUUGAGAAAGCUUUUCUGUGAUGAUUGGAAGGAAAACCUCAAGGUGUCACCGUGGAUGGAGACUUCACGUUUCUCUGUAUCAAAAUGUUUGUUGCUGUGAAGCUCAGAGAAAUCGUAGUUCUACCGUUUAUCUGUGUUUGUAUGUAACAGAUUCUUAAAACGUGUCUUAUACUUUUAAAAGGUUUGAUAAACACACUCUUUGUCUUUUACGUUUACCUGAAAGGGAAGAAGUUGCUCUAACUUGUAAAGAGGAUGCUUCGGUAUUUUUGUUAAACUGGUCCAGUCGUUCUCUGUCUGAAAACAUUUGUGCCUCUUGAAUAUGAUUUAUAACUUCACACGACUCAUCAUCAUCACGUGGAAUCCGAGCUCAUUUAAAAGCCUUUUCUGGGCUAAAGAGGAUCAGUUCGACCUUUUCUCCUCAUUUCCAUCUGUGGGAAUAAAUGUCUGCUGGCUACUGAAAUGGGCAAAAAAAAGUUUCUCUGCAGAGCUAAAAGGUUUCCAUCAAGAUUGCGUCUUGUCUGACCAACAGAACGAAACAAAAGUUAGUAAGUUUUGUAUAAUAUCGACAAAGAAAAUCAUUAAAUCUGAUGUAUUUAUUAUUUAUCCUGAAGCUGGAGCUAGAAAACUUCUGACAACUAAAAUUGUUAAUCAAUAAUCAAAAUAAUCGCCCAACUGAUUUCCUGCGAUGGAUUUAAUAGAUUGAUCUUAUUUGUUUCGGUUAGGAAGGAAGUUUAACGUUAAAUUGUGUAAAUCGUUUUUAAACAUUCCAAGUGUUGUUCACUAAACGAACUUCCAUCAGCAGGGGAACGAAGAAAAGCACAGAAAUAUGAAUAAAGACUCAUCGAUCUUGUCACAGUGAAGGGACGACGUCAGAGAGGCUGUUUUAUUUAUCUUCACAGCGUAGCACGAGUCCUCUUCACCUCAGAGACGUGAACCGUACUGAAGGAAAAGCAUUUAACAUGGAGCGUUCAAACACAGACCUGCGUUCACCUCCGAAUAUUUAACCAAUAGCAUGUAGCCUAACGUUUAUAUACUCUAUCUACAAUAGUGCUUAUGGAUGGUUCCUUUGUUUGACUCUAUUUUGUAUUUUUCUUUUCACAUUUAUGAAUGUUUUUGAUUCUUAGUUUCUCUCCUGUUCUGCACUUCAGUUUCCUUUUAAAACAACAAUGAUUCUUCCCUUUAAUCUGUGAAUCUGUCUUAAACAAACUGUGUUAAUGUAUUUUUCUGUUUCUGUUGAAAGUGUUUUCCUCUUCACUUCCCUCCAUCAGAUGCCUUUAGAGAGAUCCGCCUGUGUCGUUAAAAGUGGAAAAAAACCUCCUGUGCUGCAUGGGAAGUAUUUCAGAAAGCGGGAUUUCUGUCUUUAUUAAUAACCGAGUAUUUUAUGAAGUAGUGAUUUCUAUUAUUUUACAUCAGGCCUGAUAAGAAGUCUAACGCAGUUUUUCUCCAGGCUUUGUUCCCAGAACGUUCUGUGGGAAUCCGUCCAGCAGUUUUUUGCCUAACGUCUCUCAACAGAGCUCAUUCGUCCAUCAAGGCCCAACAGUUCAGUUAAAUUCAAGCUGCAGGAAAUCACACACACUCAUAGAUGUCAGCUCCCUCAAUGUGCCUGAUAUUUUUCAUCAAGAUACGUGAAUUAUUCUCUUGGAAAACUCUCAAGAAAGUGAUACAAAUUCCUGAAUCCUCACCAAAAUUCAAUAGUUUCUCCCCAUUUGGUUGUUUUCUUACAAACAAACAAACCAAAGAGCAAACUAAAGGACGGAGGUGACCACAGAACCACUGCUGGUUCCCUCUGAUCCUGAGUGGGACCUCUGACUCACUGUGUUGAAAUACUUCCCAUGUCCUUUACACUUGUGACCAAAUCUUUAUCACCACGCUUGCCCUUCGAACUGUUUGAUAGCACAAAGAGAAGCAGGUUUAUUUCACAGAGCACCUUGGAUCCCUGACCUCAUUUUCUUUUUUUAAAAAAGCUUCUUACAUCAAAUUAGAGUUCAAUAUCUGACAUUUAAUAAUUUAAACUAAGGCUCAGACAUGUUAGUUAUGAUAGAACUACUGAGACUUUUACAUUCCGUCACAUUGCUUUUCACCGUACAGCAGCAGCUUAUGUUUUUAUUGAGGCUGGAGCACAGUUCUAUUAUCUAAACUAGGUAAAAAAACUAGAUUGUCACUCAGUAGAGUUCGUACUUCCUUCAAGGUCCAACAGUCCCCUUAUGAAACCACAUUUACUGGUAAAUUCCUUGGUGGAGGAAUAAAAACCUUAUCAUAUAUUUCUUUUAUUUUGGUGCCAGUAGAUGAGCUAUAAACAACCAUUUACCACAGGCAACCAAUUCCACAGUAGAGAGGACUAGUGAGGGUCAUCAAUUUGUUUUCAAAUACUAGAGGUUGAGUUUAGAAAGCUGGAUUGAACUUAUGUUGCACUCUGUUAAGGAGAUUUUGAUUUCAUGACUUGUUGGAGGGUUUAAUGUGGCUCAAGGGAAGAAUACAUCAAAUUUAGGUGGAGAUCCAGGAAAGCUUUUCACUUUCUUUGGCUUUGUGAGACAGUCUUUGACAUUCUCACCAUUUCUCAGAGGAUAGUUAAAGACAUUUGAUGUUUAGGGAACUGAUGAUUGCGGGUGAGUGAAACUUGGUGCAGCUUAAUUGAAUGUCAGGGACUGUUGGGCCUUGGAGGAGGUGAGAGCUCCUGAGAGCCGUUCAACUCAUUGAAUGUUGUUGAAUCAACCCCCUGCAGACACUGUGACUCGACGUAUUUAGUGAACGUGUAAACUCGUGGUUGAACUCUUUGAUUUGGUCUCGACCUCCAGAACUAGCAUCUUGUGAAAAAGAUGGCCGUCAAAUGAAUAUUGAAAUGAACGAAACACUGUUGUCAUGUCUUAGUGCCUCAUCCCCAACAUCCAUACAGAUAAAACAUAUAUAUAUAUAUAUUGUCUAGACCAGAUUUAAUUAAGAUUCAGUAAUAGAAAGCAGUUACUUUUUUCUUUUUGUGGUAUAUAAUUUCUACCCAAGUAAAAACUGUUAUUGUCUCUUUAAAAACUCUGUAAAUGAAUAUGUUAUGACUUGUUUUUUAGAAGUUGCGUGCUGCUGUUUCAUAGUUCCAGCAGUGUUAUAACAACAGAUAAUUAAAAGUUGAAUUCAUGGUC